AUGAGCAAAACUCACGAAGUAAAUCCUAUCCCGCAAUUGAGCAUUCUGGACAGACUGCAAAUAGCUCGCACAUUCCUGUUCCGCGUUCCUUGGACAAUCGUUUCCACUCUUUCCCGUCGUUGGUGGCCUUUCAGCAACUACAAACCUCCCCCUCUGAGGAAGCAUUUAUUCGGCCAUCUCAUGACAUGUAUUUUCAAUAAUGUUCCACUAGCUGUGAUACAGCAGUUAGUGGUUCGAGAUGGAAGUCAGCUGCUCGAUUCCAUCCGCUAUAAAGAUCUGAAUCGGCAUAUUUUCCAGUGCAUUCAACAAGAGAAUUUUACGGGAUACUGGAUUUGCCGCGGCCUAUCCCCAGAGCCAAUUAACCCUGUUGACGCAGAUAUACUCCUGCUCUAUGUCCAUGGAGGCGGAUAUGCGAUGGGCCAUCCAGCGGAAAACGCCCCUGAACUCCUCUUCAUGGCGGAGUUACUAGCUGGGAAGGGGCUAGAAACUGCGAUUUUCUCCCUUAAUUAUUCUCUGAUGCCCAACGGCUAUUUUCCCACUCAGAUCAACCAAUUAUUCGCUGCUUAUGAAUGGAUUGUACACACAUUAGGUGUUGACCCAUCCAAGAUACUGAUCAUGGGAGAAUCAGCUGGUGCUCACUUGGUCCUGUCAUUCCUGACUUUUCUGUCGGAGAUGAGUGAGUCAGCUUCACUUUCCAAGCCUGGAUUCGCCUAUCUCCUCAGUCCCUGGGCCAACCUACGGUCGGAUCACCCCGAAACACUUGCCCUACACUGGGAGGAUCGAUUAUUCAAACAAUCAUUGGAUGUAUCAGCAAGAGAUUUCCUUCGGAAUGCAACUUCCGACCAGCUGGAUUUGUAUGAGAAUUUUGCAACCAACAGCAACAACACAAAGCGCCGUACCUGGGAUAAAAUUCUUCCAGAAAUCACCCGGGUAUCUGCAGGAUCCGAUGAGCUUGUGUUUUUGUACGACAUUCUAGACUUCGUCAGAAAUGCACAGAAGGAUGGCGCCGAGUGCCACGAGUAUAAGUGCGGCUCAAUACGAAACGCCGCCGCCCUCAUACCUGCUUCCGAAUUGGAAGUGUAG